UGGAGCGUUGGACGCCUCGUGAUGUCUGCUGUUCAACAGCCUUCGGACAAUGACGCUUGGGCAUUGUUAGCCCUUAAGUCUGCACCUGCCAGUCCUGCAAGAGUAGGAUGGACCCCAGAACCCAAGGAACCUGCAAUUGCUCGAUUGGAAGGAAGAGACUUUGAAUAUUUGAUGCGGCAAGCUCGCGUCACGAUAGGUCGGAAUAGCAGUAAGGGAGAAGUAGACGUAAACAUGGGACAUUCGAGCUUCAUUUCUAGAGUUCAUUUGGAAAUUUGUUAUGAUCACCCUAAUUUUUUCAUGAGAUGCGGAGGUAAAAAUGGUAUAUUUAUUGACGGAAUAUUUCAAAGGAAAGGAGCACCCCCUCUGCAACUACCAAGGACAUGUGUGCUGAGGUUUCCAAGUACAAAUAUCAGGAUAGCAUUUCAGGCACUUGUUGAAGACAAUGCCCCUGCCCAACCACCACCACCACCACAACCAGAAUCUCCACCUAAGAAAAAGAAUUUGCCUCCACUGAAAAUCAACAUUCCUGAAUCAGUGGAGCACGCUUUCAGUCCCUGUCCAUCACCUACUGGAACUAUUAGUGCUGCAAAUUCUUGUCCCACAAGUCCUAGAGGAGGGGCCAGACCAAGCUUUGUUGCAGAUAUUCAGAUGGCAGCACUGAGUGCACAAGCAAAUCCAAGGGAAGAACGAGAUAGCAUCCCUACUCCCACAGAUAGUGCCAGUAGCAGCCCAAGGGAUGACUCUAAACCGCCUUACUCUUACGCCCAGUUAAUUGUGCAGGCUAUCACGUCAGCUCAAGACAAACAGUUAACACUUAGUGGCAUAUAUGCAUAUAUAACUAAAAAUUAUCCUUAUUACCGAACAGCAGAUAAAGGAUGGCAGAAUUCAAUAAGGCACAAUUUAUCACUUAAUAGAUAUUUUGUAAAAGUUCCUCGUUCACAAGAAGAGCCAGGGAAAGGAUCCUUUUGGAGGAUUGAUCCAGCUUCAGAAGCUAAACUUACAGCACAAGCAUUUAGGAGACGGCGGCAGAGAGGUGUGCCUUGUUUUAGAACACCAUUCGGUGGAUUGUCAACAAGGUCAGCACCAGCUUCACCAAGUCAUAUGGGGGGAAACUUUACACCAGACAGUAUGUCAAGGGAGGGAAGCCCUAUCCCUGAAGGUCCCAGUGAAGGAGAUGUCCAUCCUGCCAGUACCAUAGUCACACACCCUCAGAUCCUGGCAGCCCAGACAGCUGCAGACCUCUGUAGGAUUAGUCAGUCAGCACCAAGCUCACCAGGAGUUAACAUAACUACAACGCUAAGUUCAUCAGGUACUUCAGCAGUUCAUCAGUUACCAACCAUGAUUACAAAGCCAAAAGUGAUAGUAACAAAUACCGCGCAACUCGUCCUCAAUGGUCCUCCUGCAGGCCAUACAAACAGCGGGCUCACUAAUGGGACUCACAUGGAAAUCAAGAAGGAACAUGGAACGCUAGAAAAAAUUCAAGCUGUUGUGACGGCUGGGGGCCAGGCAACAAUAAAACCUGUCGCAUUAGUGCGCAAUACGACUGCUUCCAUACAGGGCCUAACCAGUCAGCAGCAGCAGCAACUGUCAUCCCUGGCAACACACCAGGGCAAUGGCCUGCCAUCUACGGCUAUCUUGUCACAGCCCAGCAUCAGCACCUUCUCAACAGUGCAGCGCCCUGGCAUUGCCAUCAUCCCUCAAGCAGGUAUGCAGCUGGUGACGACGUCAGCCUCUCAACAGGCAGCAAUGUCACAGCCGCAGCUACUGGUUACCACUCUGUCCAAUGUGCCAGUUUCAAUGGCAUCAAAGAGACCACUAGAAGACUAUAGAGAUGACGAAGGGGUGGAAAAGGACGCGAAAACAGUUAAACUGGAAAUAAAAGAGGAGAAAGAGUGAGGGUGGGAGUCAUGAAUGAAAACACAACCUGGUGAAAUUUUUCUGUAAAGUAAACCAUAUUGGGAGUGACUUGCAAUGAACUCUUCAUUGUUUUGGACUUUGAAAAUCCGAAAAUUGAAAUUUUCUUAUGGUUAUUUCUUCAGAAUGUAUCCAUUUCUGUUCUAAUAGUUCUGACAGUAUUGUUUUCUGGAUGCUUAACUUCAGGAAUUGAUCAUCCAAGAAUCUUGUUUUUCUGUUUCAGAAAGUUUUUCUGAUACAAUGAUUCUGUAGUACGAGGUCCACAAUAUCAGAUAUAAAAAAUCAGAAGUCAUCUUGUAUCCAGCUUAUUUUAAAAAAUCUGCUUCAUUUUCAAUUUUAAUUGGUUCAAAGUUCCAAGUGGAUCUGAUUUCAAUGUACACUUGUGCACAAUAGUCGUUACAUUUCUGAGGCCAGUUGAUGUAUCAAUUUAAUGUAAUAGAACCGCUGCAAAAUAAGUGGUUUGUGAGUACUGAAUAUAAAUUUCAUCAGAAAUUAAUUGACACUUGUUCAAAUUGUUGUUAAUUAGGAGCUAGUAGAUGAAUUCUACAAAUGCAUUUGACUUUCUCUUGUGAAUUUUGAUAAUAAGUGACGUUAGUGGUUUGGCUUCUGUAAGGAAAAAAAAGCUAUGCUACUGCUGAUUAAAAGAUGAUUUGAUUCCAAAUGCUGUUUUUGAAUAUAAUGGCAUAAUAAAACAAGGGCACUUUCAGUUCUGUAAUCUGUUGAUAGUUUUGUAUCAUUGUUAUUAUCAUCAAAUGGAACGUUCACUGCUUUUGUAUAAAAAACAAAUUCCCAAAAUUAUUGAUGUCAAGCUUUGGGACAUGGCUGUGAAAUGUUCUGAUGCUGUUCAGUAACGGGGAGCAGAAGUCAUUUAAUGUAAUCACUCAUGAUCAUUUUACAUACUGUCUGGUCACUUUAUUUGUUUUAGUAAAUGAUACUGAAAUCAUGUGUAUGCAUAAGUUUUCUGUGUUCCUUUAAUAAUGACUUCAAUAGCAGAUUGUCUUGAAACCUUCAUUUGAAAAUAGCAUAUUCCAAUUUUAUUAUCCUGUUUGAAGAUUGAUUAAAUUUUCCCUAGUAAAUUGCCUGUCAGUGAUUCCCUUGUUUUCUAUGACAAAAAAUAUAACAAUGCAAUUUAUUAAUUCAAGUUUAAGUAUUCUAGAUUUGAUUAGGGUAUUUAAUAAGUUUCCAAAUCAGAAAAUUCCAUGAAACUAUACGGGUCAAGGCAAGUAUGUGUUACAUAUUUUGUUACCAAAACUGUAGAGUUUAUAUUAUUCAAUGUUUCCUAGUAGAUGAAAAUCUCCAAAACUGACAUUAUUCACUGUCAAUGUGUUGAAAUGAAAUUUGUUCUUGACAUUACCGGCAGAAUUUUCAAAUCACAAUACAGAAAAUAUUUUUUGAAUUUUCAGGUUAAAAAACUUAUAUCUGCACUUUUCUUGUGUGACAUGAAAAGUUUUAACAGAUAUAUUUCUGGAAAUGGUUUCAUCAUGUUCUAAACAGGAUACAAUACCCUUUACAUAUAGUGUUAUAAUUUUAUGAAAAAAUGUGAUGGGUAAUAUUUGAAAGGUUAUCUUGAGUGAAUUAAAUCAGGAUUGAGCCAUAUUGAAAUAAAUCAUGAUUAAAUUUGUUAAGAAAGCACAGUUAAGAUUUGUAAUGGACCAGUGAUAUAGAUUGGUGUGAUGGCAUUGCUUCACGUAACUUAAUUAUGAACUUUUUUUUCUGCAUUAGUAUUGAACCGUCAGACGGUAGCAGAAAUCAGGUUUCUAUUGUAAAUCGAUUACGUCUCCCCCACUAAGUGUUAAUUGUGUAAUAGAUGCUCCAGUGUUUUUAAUUUCUUCACUAAAUACAUCAGGCAAAUAUGUAAAUAAACAGUGUUAUCUUGCUGAUGGAAUACAUUGAAGAGAAUAUACUAUACAUGUUGUUCCGAAGAAUUAAAAAAAAUUGUAUUUAUACUUUGUGUAUAGCUUUUGCAUUAUCGUGAUGUACAAAUUUGUGUUUAAUACAGGACUGUUGUUGGAACACAACCACAAAAAAUUGUUUUCAAAGGAUUUUCACCAAAACAUAUUUCAUCAGAAUUUUUAAAAGAUUCCAAAUUACAUCAGGAAUCAUUAGAUUGCUGAGCUAGGUUAAUGAUUCUUUUAUAAAUUUUGGGGAUAAUAACGAAACUACAAAAUGAAAUACUGUUGAAAACAUAUUUUUUAAAGAUGUUAAGUUGAUGAUAUGUUAUUGAAUAUUAAAGUAUAUAUAUUUAUAUAUAUAUUGGAUAUGCAUAUCUUGAUUUAUUGUUGCAGUCAAUAAACUCAGAUGUACUCCAAGAGAAAGGACCUUAUGAAGUAUAUAUAUUUAUAUAUAUAUAUAAAUAUUGUCAAAAUAGUGCUUCUUGUUAAUUAUCUGUUUGGAUACCAACAUUUCUUUGUGUGUAUUUAGAUAUGAAUGAGAAUUUUGGUGGAGUGUGGGUGAGCUUGUUUUGUUCUUUUUUUUUUCCUCUCUCUCUUUUAUGGGAUACAAAAAUUGUUCUCAAAUUCUUUUUAUUUCAUUUGUAGUCUUCUUCUUUCUUCAGCCUUUUAAUUAUGACUUAUCUUAUUAAUUGAAAAUAAUGGAGUUAAGUUUUGCAGGCAGCUCAAAAUGAAUGCAAACCCAAUAUGAAAUGAAAAAGCAUUAGUCUGUAUGUGUGGUAUUUUAGUUAUAGUCAAAGGACAAAUAGAUAUCUUUUUUCAACUUUUCAGAAUAUAAAUAUGAAUGAUCCAUACUUGUUUUGUUAACCUCCAUUUUAAAAUUGAAUUUUUAAUGAAUACUGCCUCUGCUAAAGAAAGAAAAUUAGAAAAUUGAAUUUGAAAUGUUCAUUCACUUGUCUUCUGACAAUCUUAAAUUGUGUCAGCUUCUACGAUUUAAUUGUAAGUUAAUGUACAAAGUGAAAACGGCAUGUCUUGUAUGAAUAUGUAAUUACAUGUUUUUCUUGACAAAUGUAUAAGUUGAGAUAAUGUUUCAGAUGUUUAAAAGAGUCGAUUUUAAAACUGAUAUUGAGCGGUUUGCCUGGCCCUUUAUUCCAGUCAUAUAAAACCCCUCUAUUUGUAAUAGAAUUCCUCAUAAUAUUGGUAAUACCUACAGAUAUGCAUAAAUUUCAAAAUAACCCAUCAUAGUAUAUCUUGUCAGGGGCUAGCUAGAGGUGGCAAAACUUCUAAAGGUUUAAAUAAGAUCUUUACACAUUGUAAUUUUAAGCAUUUACAUCAACAUGGCAGCUAGGGUUUGUUAGCAUUACAAAGCAAGAUACUGCAUAGGCAUUGUCUAGAAAAGAUUUCUCACAUAUCAGGCUAUGGUAAAUAACGGUAGGUAGUGUUCACAGGUUUUUCCCACCAAAACUGUUGCAUCCAAAGUUAAAUGUUUAAUGUUUUAUUAUGUUUAAGUAAAUGUGAGUGUAACAGACAUGUAUGAAAGGCGGGAGAGGAGACAUUUUAGAUGCAUGGAAUAUUAUAUUUAAGUUGUCUCUGCUCUGUUAAAUAUGUUGAUUUUGUUUUGGUUUUUUUUUUUUUUUUUUUCUUUCUGAAAUACCAUGAUGUUAAAAAGGGAAUUUCUGGUGUAUUUAGAAGAAAUAGGAAAUUCCAUAUAAAAGAUGUUUUAGUAUAAACAUUUGCUAUGAAUAUUUUUAACUCAGUGAUUGCCUACUUUUAGGUAAUGUGUGUGUACCAGGUAUGUUUAAAAUAAUAAUGAGAAAAAAAACAUUGUAUCAGGCAGUCCUGAAAAAAAAGAUAACUUCUGUUGUAACCGAUACCAUCAAAAUAUAAAACUUUUACUUGUACAUUUUCAUGUGUAUUUGUAAAAUUUAAAAACUGUGAUAUUUUGUGACAUCAUUGCAUGCUCACGAUAAAUGUCCAGGUCUGUUUUGAUACAAUAUUGGGCUAUCAAGCACAGACAAGUCGCCACUGACUGGUAAUAACACCAUCGGAAAAGCUGUAAAUAAGAAGCUCACCCGUCCUGGUUCAGUAUUUGUUGUCACCGUGUGCUAGUACAAGAAUAUGGUUUAAUGGUUCCUUACGUAUCUGGUGUAUUUUGUAGGGAAAUACCUCUUAAAGAAACAAUUGUACAUUUUGCUUACUUUUGGUCGCUCCUCACUCAUGAUUUCAUGUGUACAUUGUACAUGGAUAGAAUUGUCCGUGAUUUGUUUACGUGUAGCAUGUUUUCUAUACAGAUGACAUUGUCUGUUACUUCUGCCAGGGCUUUCUUGGCAUGUGUAAUAAACAUGUUGUUUUAAUCCA